AGCCACAUCUGCUCUUCGGCCCAAAAACACCGCAGUCAGCUUCUGGACGUGAGGCUUAAGGUAAGUGAACUGGACCGACAAAUUCACUCAAAAACCCAAUUUUGAGAGCCUGCCAAUAGCUCGUUGAGCACGAAAUCUGAAAGCCCACUCUGUGUCUUUUUUUUUUCUUUUUUCUCCGAAUGCCAAAUCCCACAACUUAGCCGGGAUUGUUUUUCUUCUUCCUUUUCCCUAGGAAUGGCAAUGGGCAGGUUCGGGGCGGGUUUCUUGGUACCCAGACCCGCCCCGUGGCAGGUCGGGUCCAGGUCGGGUAAUUUAUCACGGGUUACGGGUCGGGACAGGUCGACCCAAUGGGUAUGCAAUUUAUAUGAAAAAUAUUAGAAAUAUUCGUUGUUUUUAUUAUAAGACCAAGGAAACAAACAAUAUUAUGAGAAAUAUAGUUAAAUUAUUGGAGAAAUUGAGGUUUUCACUAAUUUACGUCUUUAUUAUAGCUAAGAUUUGAUGUAAUAAAAGAGAAAUCCUAAGUAAUUUGACUAAAAUUACGUGUAAUUUAGACAAGAACGGGUCGAGAAUGGGGCGGGUCAGGACAGGUCGGGUCGAUGAGAGUACCCAUGCCCGCCCCGCCCCAAAACAGGUCAAACAGGUCGGAUAAAACGGGUCAGGUCAAAAUUGCCAUCCCUACUUUUCCCCCUACAAUCUGCUUAAUUAUGCUUUUUGGGUCACCUUGCUUGAACCACAUAAUACAUUUAUACUCAUGGUUGAAAUUAAAGCUCAAAUGAGAUGGCAAGAAAUGAAUGACAAAUUCAUUAGCAUAAGAAGCACAUCGGCUGUGUAUAGAACACAAAACAAUUUCCACUAACACAAAUUUGGAUAUUAUGUCAACGUAAUUGCGACGACUUGAAUAAUAUUGGGUUGAUCUAUCCACUUGAUCAUAAUAAAAUGGUUCACAACGCAAAAUGAUCAAUGACCCGAUAAUAACCAAAUACGUACUAUUAAGUUGGUCUAUUUGAACCGUGUCACGCUUCGCUGUGACGAACCGAUUUGACUCCUCUUUAUGAGAAAUCUCUUGCCCAAAUCUUGCCACAACUCAACCACCCACCUCCUAGCCCCAGCCAACAUAAAACGACCACCAGAACCUCAGAAAAACAAGAACACAACAAAACUGCUCCAGAUUUCAUUCACUUGCUGAACAGGUGGUCUUGGAGAGUCGGUUCCUCACGUGGUUCGCCACUUCUUCUUCAUCUUCGCCUUCCUCGUCGAGGGCGGAAGCACAGCAAGAAGAAGGUAACUGAAAACUCUGAAAGCGAUACUUUUAUUCUCUCUCUGCCUCGUUUUUCACUCUCUGGUGGUAAGCUGUCCAUGAAACUUCCAGAUGAUUUCCACCACAGCAAAGAAUAAAGAUCCUAUUUUAAUCAAUUUCUCAUUGAACCCACUUUGAUUUUCUCCCCUGCCUAUAACGGGUAGUUGAUGUUUCAACCGUUUGUUGUCAGAUUCAAUCUGCUUUCCUGGUAAAUUCUAUCUUCUUGGUCAGUCAAAUUCUGCUUAAAGUCGGCAACUUUGAUGACGAAACAAUGAUUUCUUUUGUAGGACUGUGUUUUCCCCCUGUCCUCUCUUUUGGGUAGUGAUUAAUCGAUGGCGGGGAUGUUGCCCGGCGUGGAAUGUGCCCGAAGAAGACGGUUCCAUCAGAGCGGCGGCGAUGCUCCUAACGUCACCGGCGGGACACGGAGGCCGUCGUUCUGUUUAUACACCAGCAAACACGAAGGGAACUCCCAUACUUCAAUUCCAUCUUUGAGAAAUGUACAGAGUCAGGCGUUGGAGGACAAGAAGCUGGGAGGAGCAGCCAGGGAGGCCAAAGAAAGACUGGAGGAGAGGCUUAGAACUCAGAGGAAAUGGUCAGAUUCCAAAAGACGAACCGCGAAUUCGGGAACUCUGAGAAUCGUGGAUGCAAGAACGAUGUCGCCACUAGGCGAAUUACAGACGGAAGUGUGGGGAGCGAGAUCAUCGAGGUGGGAGAGACUGAAGAUGAUGAAAUGGAAGGCGGCGACAGAGGAGCAAGAAGAGUGCAGCAUUUGCCUGGAUGGGUUCAGGGCAGGGGACCAUUUGGUGCACCUUCCAUGCGCCCAUAGGUUCCACUCGAAGUGCCUCCUGCCGUGGCUCGUGACCAAUGCUCACUGCCCCUGUUGUCGGAUGGAAAUUCACGUCGAGAUUCCAUCUUAGUUGUAGGCUGUUUAGAAGGUGAUAGGAUGAUGGCCCGGUUUCAUUGAAUGUAGUGGUACACGUUUUGGUUUGUUUCUUGUCCCCCUCGCCUCUUGGACUUUUGUGUAAGAUAUGUAACUUGUGAUGGCCAAAGAAGUGGCGAGCUCAUUAAUUCAGCAAUGGAAACUAGCUGGAGGAAGCAAGGAUUGGAUGGAACCCUUGUUUGAAUGAUAAUGAGUGGUGAUGGGGAAUUCAUAUGGAUGUUACUUGAUAGGACUUUGAUUUGAAACGGAGAUUGAUUGGUUUUGGUUCGAUUUGGUCAGAAAAAGGUGACUUCUUUUGUUGAUAGUGUUUAACAGUAUCAUUUAAGAUUGAUACGCAAUUCACAUUUAGCUAGUUGAUAGACAGUUGAUGUUAUACUAGGUCCACUUACAGUGAAAACAUCUAGCGUUCAAAAUUGUUCUGUGUAUAACAAGAACAAAAAGGUUAUAGGAGUGGUCAAGGAAGGUAAGUUGAGCAAUGGGCAAACAAAUGUUGCAAGGCAAUAAUCCAUCUAGAUGAGUAGUCGCCCGAGUUCAAUUAAGGUCCUCUGAUGACAAUUGUAAAUGAACUCCUUCAUAUGUUCGAAUCAAAAGUCAAUUAAACGCCUUCUUUCUCGAUUUUUUUUAAGUUUUAGUGAAAAGCUUGGGACAUUGGUUUUGUAUGGCACAAGUUUGGGAUAGUUUGCUUUCAACAUGUGCAAUUGUGCAUGUGUGUGUAUUUGGUACUCGUGAUAUUACCAAGUGGGGGAAGCAAUUUGCAAAAAGUUAGGGCACCCACCCAAGAUCGCACGUUCAAAACUAAAUUGUCCUAUAUAUAAAACCGCCCCAAGUAUUUAAAGCUCAUACUUAUUGUGACUUAAGAGUAAAUGGUACCCUAAAAUGUUUGGCAAAGGUGGCGAUAAUGUUUGGCAUGGUCCUCCUCCUCCAAAUAAACUUAAACCUCUACCUAAUUAAAGGAAGAUCUCCAAUAUCAAACACUAGCUAUAAUCUUACAACAUGACAAAAGUAUCUAAAUCUAUGAUAAUUGUUGAUUAGAAAGUUGCGGUUGGUAGAUCAUCUGACCAACAACUUACGUAACAAGAUGUAGUCGAAUUAGGUUAUGAUCAAUCGAACGAAAAAUAAACUUAUUUUUAUUUUCAUAUAAUUAUAUUAAGUAUGAAGUGAUAAGUAACCACCAUAAUUGGGCAUGAUAGUUAGUUUUCUUUACAAGUGGCGAGAUUUGUGAUAAAAUUGAAAAAAAGAAGAAGUGCUUGUGCUUAAGAGAGGCAACUUGAUAUGAGAUUUCAUAAAUCACACAAUCAGGAGUGACUUUCACGGGAUAAGAAAAUAUAAUGAUCGAUCAAUACUAGUGAAAUGAAGCAAUGAAUAGGCAACUUAACA